ACAGCAUUUUAAGUUUCUAAAAGGACAUUUAUAAGUUAAAGUCCAACUAAGCGUAUUUGAAGAAGUAUUUUUGGAAUUUAAACAGUGUUAACCAAACGCUAAAUAUGACUGACAAAGAUAAAGAAGAGUUACCACUUAACGAAGUUGCAGAACAUGAUGAAGUGCAAGCUACAGAACAACAAACUGUUCGUAAAAGUGAAAGAGUAAGAACAUUAACCGAAAAGGGUAAAGAGCUUCAAGAGGAGAAACUGAAGAGACUCCAACACAAAUAUGCAAUUGUUUUUGAAAAAUGGAGAUAUGAAGCAAGAUUGAGCAGAGUAAUGCUGAGAAAGGAAGCUUCAGAAAGUGAAUUAAAGGAGUUAAUCAAUAACGUAAACAUCACUUGUAAAGAUGUGCAAGUCGUUUAUGACCAGAUACGUCAAAUACAAUCUCCUGAAGCAGACAUUAGACGUAAAGUUGAUGCAUGCACGUCACUCUCCGGAUUUAUAGUCAACAGAGCUGAGAAAUGGCUUGCAGGAGACAUUGAGGAUGACGAAGAAUCGUGGCUAGAUGUCGGAUCAUGCUUAGGAUCUGAAAGUUCUAAAUCAAGGUCAAAAUCACAAAGGUCCAAAAGUGGUUCAGGACAAUCCUGCUCACAAAUAAUAAAAAGAAUGGAAGCUGAAGCUGAAGCAGCUGCAUCUCAAGAAAUACUAGCAGUAAUCGACAAGCAAGAAAAGGAAACAGCUGAACUACAAAAAUUGGAACUUGAGAACUUUGCAAGGCAACAAGCAAUGGAAGAGCAGCGUAGAAAGAUCGACCACUUGGAAGAAGUUAAGAAAAUGAAUGCUGCCAAAGCUCGCGUAAAGGUUUACGAUGAAGUUGAAAGUACUGCUGAAAGUCGAAGUUUGUUACACAGUAUUAAAGCAGCAAGUGAAUCCCAAGCAAUCCCUAUCACACCAAGCACUCCCUUUCAAGCUAUAAACACAACCCAAGUAUUUCAUGCUACAAGCCAUGCGUUUGCUCCACACAUUCAACAAACUCCUAUCAUACAAGCAAAGGCCACAAGUCAAACACUCAAAGCAUCAAGUCCACCAUUCAUCCCUCAAGCCACUCAAGUUCAAACGGUUGUAACGCAACCACAGUCAAAUUCUGAUCUAGUUGGCAUACUAGCAGAAGCAAUAAGUGCAAAUCGACUUCCAACUUCAGAACCGGCAUUGUUCACUGGAGACCCACUGAAGUUCAAAGACUGGCAGUUGUCAUUUGAAACAUUAAUUGAAAGAAAAAACAUUCCCAAGAAUGAGAAACUUUACUAUCUCAGGAAGUAUCUCGGUGGAUCUGCAAAAAGAGCAGUAGAAGGAUUCCUCCUAGUAGGAACAGAUGAAGCAUACGACUCAGCUUGGAAAGUGCUGGAAAAGCGUUUUGGAGAUCUGUUCACCAUAGGAAAAUGCUUCAGAGACAAGCUUCAUGGUUGGCCGAAAAUAAGCUACAAAGAUGGAAGUGAGUUAAGGGAAUUUGCUGACUUUCUUGGAAGUUGUAAAGCUGCGAUACCAUACAUAAAGGUACUAGAAGUUCUCAAUGAUUGUAUGGAAAUUCAGAGACUCUUGUUGAAACUUCCAGAUUGGUUGACUACAAGAUAGAACCGCACAGCCAUGAAAAUAAGACAAACAAAUAAUGGAGAGUAUCCAUCUUUCCGCACAUUUGUAGAGUUUGUGACUAUGGAAGCUGACUUAGCGUGCGAUCCCAUAGCCUCAAUGCAAGCACUCAAAGGUUUGGACACAAGUAAACCCAAACAUUCACGCAGUCAAGUCAUUCAAGCAAAAACGCUUACUACAAACUCAAGUCACUCAACAAGCUCAGGUCACACAAAUACUGUAACCUGUCUCCUCUGCAAAAGGAAUGGCCACACGCUUGAUAAAUGUUUCAAGUUCAUGGAAAAAAUGGUUCAAGAUCGUAUCAAGUUUGCACAGACAGAAAAGCUGUGUUUCGGAUGUUUAAAGACUGGACAUCAUUCAAAGAAGUGCGAUAAAAGGAGCACAUGUGAGAAAUGUCAAAGGAGACAUCUUACAUGUCUGCAUGACGACAAGUUCAUGGAACGUAAACAGGCAACACCUGCAAACAGUGAGGAUAACUCUCAAGACAAAGUAGACACUAAAGUCACAAAGGAUGAAGACAAAUCUACCGCAAUCUCUAACAGGGUAACUCAAGACAUCUCAAGCACGUUGACAUCCUCUAUACUACCUGUCUGGGUCUCAUCCACAAACCACCCAGAAAAAGAAGUUCUAGUGUAUGCGCUUCUUGACUCACAAAGCGAUACAUCUUUCAUCUUGGAUGAAGUAGCUCAAGAUCUCAACACAGAUAAAAGCAAAGCCAGUCUACGGCUAUCUACUAUGUCCGCCAAGUCAACAGUUAUACCAUGUGAGAAGCUGGUAAACCUUCAAGUCAGAGGAUAUAAGUGGAAAAAGAAAAUCAUAUUACCACCAGUCUUUACUAGAGAGUUUAUCCCAGUUAACAGGUCACAUAUCCCGACGUCUGAAACCACUUUGAAGUGGUCUCAUAUGGAAAAGCUAGCAGAUAAGUUACCACCAAUGCUCAAAUGUGAAGUUGGUCUGCUUAUCGGCUAUAACUGUCAACAAGCCCUUCUACCAAGAGAAGUUCUUGCAGGCAAAGAAAACCAACCCUACGCACAGCUAACCGAUCUCGGCUGGAGCAUAGUUGGUUGCUCGUCUCAAGUCCACAAUCACAAUGAUGCCAUCGGCACAAGUCACAGAAUCAUUGUGCGUGAAGUAACUCCUGCGUCACAACCAGCAGUUGAACUCAAACAUCUCGCAUCUCAAGGUAAAGACAAGUUCAGCAAAGAGACUGUCAAGUUCAUCCAAAGAGGUUUUUACGUUGAUGAUGGACUUGCUAGUGUAACGUCAACAACCGAAGCCAUAAAACUGGUCGAAGAGUCAAGAGCACUUUGCAAGACAGGCAAACUCCAUUUGCGUAAGUUUGUGUCAAACAAUAAAGAAAUGCUCAAAGCAAUUCCCCAAGAAGAACAAGCUCAAGCCAAAGACCAAGACCUGGCUCUUGGAGAACCCCACGUUGAACGCGCACUCGGAGUACAAUGGUGUAUCGAGGCAGAUGAAUUCCAAUUCAGAGUCCAAGUCAAAGACAACCCGUUGACAAGGAGAGGGGUGCUCUCGACAGUUGCAUCAGUCUAUGACCCCCUUGGGUUUGUCGCCCCAUUCAUACUGAUUGGAAAGCAAAUACUCCAAACGUUGUGCAAAGACAAAGUAAAUUGGGACGACAAUCUUCCAGACCACAUUUUACCACGGUGGGAAGCAUGGUUGAGAGACCUGCCCAAUCUGGCAGCUCUGAAGAUCCCACGAAGCUACUCAGAAGACAUCAAUGUUGUACAGUACGAGUUACAUAACUUCUCAGACGCAAGCCUCGAAGGUUAUGGCGCAUGUUCAUACCUCAGAACAAUAAGUAAAGAAGGAAGAAUCAGUUGUUCACUAGUCAUGGGUAAAGCGAGAGUUACACCGACUAAACAAACGACCAUCCCAAGACUCGAACUAUCAUCAGCCGUGACUUCAGUCCGCAACGCAGAUGUAAUCAAGCGAGAACUGGAAAUUGAAAAUCUCAAGGAAUAUUAUUGGUCAGAUUCACAAGUCGUAUUGGCAUACAUAUCCAACGAUGCAAAAAGAUUUCACACAUUCGUCGCCAAUCGAAUCCAACGAAUAAGACAAAGCACAAGUCCUGAAAAAUGGCAGCACGUCAGCUCAGAAAACAAUCCUGCUGAUCAUGCCUCAAGAGGUUUAAGCGCAACUCAGCUGAAAGAAUCAAACUGGUUAAAAGGCCCAGAUUUCCUUCGGAAACAAGAUCUUCCAGUCAAUGAGGAAAUGGUGGGAGAGAUCGAAGAAACGGAUCCCGAACUCCGUAAAGGUCACACGCACACAACACAAAGGAAGCAAACCCAGUGCUAGAGCAUUUACAGAAAUUUUCCGAUUGGUCAAGAGCAAUAAAGGCCAUCGCCAGACUCAAGAGAUUCAUCAAAGAAUAUAAAGGUAUCCAACAAAGAACAAACAAAGUCACAGAUCUUGAAGAGAGAAAAGAUGCAGAAGUGUUCAUCAUCAAGCUAGUGCAAAGAGAAGCUUUCCCUGAGGAAAUAAAGAAAAUCAGAUCUCAAAAGGAAAAUUCUCUAUACAAGCACAACAGACUAAUACAGUUGAACGCUUUCCUGGACAAGUCAGAUGUUCUCAGGGUGGGAGGAAGAUUAUCCCAAUCAGCCUUACAUGAUGUGAAACACCCCGCAAUUCUUCCCAAAGAAUCUCACGUGUCAGCCCUACUCGUCAAACAUUACCAUGAACGUGUACAUCACCAAGGAAGAGGCAUGACUACAAAUGAAUUUCGUGCAAAUGGAAUAUGGAUCUUAGGAUGUGGAAAUGUUGUUUCAUCGCACAUCUACCGCUGUGUUAAGUGCAGAAAAUACAGAAAAAAUCUCCAACAGCGACAGAAAUGGCAGAAAGUUUCAAGAAACCUGCAAGUAAAUGAUAUUGUGAUCAUACAGGAUGACAACGCUCCUAGAUGUAAAUGGAAACUAGCUCGAGUGAUAGAAACUUUGGAAAGCCCAGACGGCAAAGUGCGAAAGGUGAAGUUGAAGACCAGUGAAACCACUUUUGACAAAGGUAAACCACUGACGAGACUGAUAUACCUAGAAAGACCUAUUCACAAAGUCGUGACCCUACUUGAGACUGACUUACACAGUAAAACAGAGUCUAACCAGGAUACUUCUUAGAAAAUCACAUUGAGAGACAAUGAGUGAUUUUGGUGGGAGUGUAAGUGUUGAAAUUUACACUUAAUAUUUUUGUUUUAAGGGUUAAUAUUUUUUGUUGAAAAUUAUUAUGGUUGUGAAUUCAUGUUACAUUUUUUGUGAAUAAGACACAUUUUGUACUAUUAAAAGGGGCAAUUUAUUUCCUAUGUUACACCGCUAUUCUCGCGAGGUUUGGUUUACUAUUAAGAGACUGCGAGACCUGCAUUCGCCCAGACCUGAAAAAGACUGAGCGAGCCAUCAGCAGCAGCAAGAACAUUUCGCUAGCUGAACAAGUAUGCACAAGACUGAAGUAUUUGCUGCCCAAGAACCUCCGAAGUGGCAGGCGGCCACGAGGUAGCUAUUUUGUUUAGCACUUUAUUUUCCUGUGACUGAACUAUGUCUAAAGCAUUGUAUUUCAUGUCUUGUCCUGUAGUUUUCACGGCAUAAACCCAAGUAAAGAGCCCGUCUUUAAGAAGCCGUGCCAGUGUUGUCAUUUCGGAGCUACAGUGAAUAUUAUGCUCUUCUAAUUGUAUUUAUCAGGGGUGCCCACACUUUAGCAGGUGAGCAACUUUUUAAAUGAAC